UCCGGCGGGCCCCCCGUGCCCAAGUUCCCCAUCCGCGUCACCGUCGACCCUGCCAUCGACACCAGCGGCGUCAAGGUCUACGGCCCCGGCGUGGAGCCCCGAGGGAGCCCGUUCCGGGUGCCGGUGAAGGACGUGGUGGACCCCAGCAAGGUGAAGUGUUCGGGGCCGGGGCUGGGCCCCAGCGUGCGGGCCCGGGUGCCCCAGACCUUCACCGUGGACUGCAGCUCGGCGGGGCUGGCCCCCCUCGAGGUCACGCUGCUGGGCCCCUCCGGCGAGGUGCGGAUGCCCUCGGGGAAGACGGCACGGCCCAACAUCAAGGACAACAAGGACGGGACGGUGACGGUGCGCUACGCCCCCACCGAGAAGGGGCUGCACGAGAUGGACAUCCGCUACGACGGCAACCACAUCCCCGGGAGUCCCCUCCAGUUCUACGUGGACGCCAUCAACCCACGGCACGUGAGUGCCUACGGGCCAGGACUGAGCCACGGCAUGGUCAACAAGCCCUGCACCUUCACCAUCGUCACCAAGGAUGCCGGGGAGGGAGGUCUCUCGCUGGCCGUGGAGGGCCCCUCCAAGGCGGAGAUCACAUGCCAAGACAACAAGGAUGGGACCUGCACUGUGUCCUACCUGCCCACGGCCCCCGGUGACUACAACAUCAUUGUCCGCUUCGAUGAUAAACACAUCCCGGGCAGCCCCUUCACUGCCAAGAUCACCGGGGACGACUCCAUGCGGACGUCCCAGCUCAACGUGGGCACCUCCACGGACGUGUCGCUGAAGAUCACGGAGACGGACCUGAGCCUGCUGACAGCCAGCAUCCGGGCACCCUCGGGCAACGAGGAGCCCUGCUUGCUCAAGAGGCUGCCCAACCGCCACAUUGGCAUCUCGUUCACGCCCAAGGAGGUGGGCGAGCACGUGGUGAGCGUGAAGAAGAGCGGGCAGCACGUCACCAACAGCCCCUUCAAGAUCCUGGUGGGGCAGUCGGAGAUUGGCGACGCCAGCCGGGUGAAGGUGUGGGGCAAGGGGCUCGUGGAGGGCCACACGUUCGAGGUGUCCGAGUUCAUCGUGGACACGCGCAGUGCCGGCUAUGGUGGUCUGGGCCUGUCCAUCGAGGGCCCCAGCAAGGUGGACAUCAACUGUGAGGACGUGGAGGACGGCACCUGCAAGGUCACCUACUGCCCCACUGAGCCCGGCAACUACAUCAUCAACAUCAAGUUCGCUGACAAGCACGUCCCAGGUAGGGGCGGGCGGGGGCGCCCGGAGGAUGGUGGGGUCACGGUGAAGGUGACGGGCGAGGGGCGCAUGAAGGAGAGCAUCACGCGCCGGCGGCAGGCCCCCUCCAUCGCCACCAUCGGCAGCACCUGCGACCUCAACCUCAAGAUCCCAGGGAACUGGUUCCAGAUGGUGUCGGCGCAGGCGCGCCUGACGC